CCGUCAAGAAAACCUGAUUUUAUGAGAAAUAGCAAAACAGCGCGAUGAAUUACGUAAUCUUGUUUAGAAGAAAAAAAAUUAUUUUCCCUACACUGCGUUUGUUUGCCGGAAAAAUAGUAACGACAUUUCGCGCUUCUAGUUUUUCUCGGCAAAGGCGAUUUCCUGUGUGAGGUCUCCACCGGUCGACAGUUCAGAAUGUUGAAACUUCACAGGCUAAACGCGUUGAGGAAAACAAAAUUACAACUUUUACAGCAUCUCACUGCUAAUCAAGAAAACCCAUCACUAAAUUACAGCACUGCCCCAGAUGAUAAAGAUUUUCUACACAGAAGCAUUCUGCGCACAGACCAUUUUCAGGCCAGCCUUCCCAGGCUCCCAGUUCCAGAGUUGGAGGAUACCUUAAAGAAAUACCUGGAGAGUCAGCGACAAAUCCUGACAGAUGCUGAAUAUGACCAAACAGUCGACAUUGUGAACAAAUUUAAGGCCACAGAUGGUCCAGAUCUUCAGAAGAGAUUGGUUGCAAAAGAUAAACAAAACAAACACACAAGUUACGUGACAAAACCAUGGUUUGACAUGUAUCUAAAGUCUCGGCUGCCAAUAGUCCUGAAUUACAAUCCCUUCAUCUCUUUCCAAGAUGACCCCCGUCCAGAAUACCAGAACCAGCUGAUUCGUUCAACAAACAUGAUCGUAUCGUCUCUGAAGUUCAUGAAGACCCUCCGUGCCAACAUUCUAGAACCUGAUAUCUUUCAUCUCAAUCCGGGAAAAUCCGACAACAUGAGAUUCAGAAAAGUCAUGAGAAUGAUUCCCUCCUCCAUUGCUUUCUAUGGAGCCUACUUGUAUAAGGCUUUCCCCUUGGACAUGAGUCAGUACAAAAACCUCUUUAAUUCAACGCGUAUUCCAAGACCAGGCAAGGAUGAACUGGUGGUGGACAAAGAUGCCAAACAUCUCCUUGUCAUGAGGAAUGGAAACUUCUACGUGUUCGAUGUCUUGGACUCCAAAGGGAACAUUCUGGAGCCGGAGGUCAUCAUGUCCUGUGUCCACCAGGUCAUGAAGGACUCCAGUCCCCCGGCCCCUCACCCUGUGGGGGUAUUCACCGCAGAGAACCGAGACACAUGGGCCACCUACAGAGACAAGCUUAUCGGUCUGGGGAAUGAGGAGACACUCAAGCUGAUAGACUCUGCAGUGUUCACCCUCUGUCUGGAGGACGAUCAGCCGACCGAUCCUAAUGAUGUCACCAGGAAGUUCCUCCACGGAGAGGCAGGAAGAAUAUGGUUUGACAAAAGCUUAUCCCUGAUCCUGACAGGAAGUGGCAACGCCUGCGUUAACUUUGAGCAUGCUUGGGGUGACGGUGUAGCAGUGUUGCGUUACUUUAACGAGGUUUUUGCCAACUCCAUAGACAAAUCCGUAGUUCAUCCAUCCACUGAUGUACCAGCCAAUGCAGGAAAUGUCAGGAAACUGGAAUUCAAACUGGACCAAGAGAUGAAGGAUAAUGUAGAACAGUCAGUGAAGAAGUUCAAUGCGACCAUGCAGAGUUUGGAUGUGGACCACUUAGAGUACCAGAAGUACACCAAAUCUUACGUCAAGAAGAGUGGGAUGGGCCCAGACUCGCUGAUGCAACUAGCUAUCCAGAUGGCGUACUACAGACAAUAUAAAGGAACUGUGGCCACCUACGAGUCCUGUAGCACCUCCGCCUUUAAACAUGGAAGGACGGAAACAAUCCGCCCCGCAACUGCGGAAACCAAGCGGGCGUGCAUGCUGUUUGUGGAUGAUCAUCCGAUCCCAUCCACGGAGGAGCUGAAGAACGCCAUGCUGGCAUGCUCCAAGAAGCAUGGCACCCUCACCAGGAAUGCUGCAAUGGGUAAGGGGUUUGACAGACACCUGUUCGGUCUGAAGACCCUGGUGGAGGAGGAGGGUGGGCGGGUCCCCGAGCUGUUCACUGACCCCGCCUACCAGAAAUUGAACCACAUCAUCCUGUCUACCUCCACGGUGUCUAGUCCUGCCAUUCUGAUUGGAGGAUUCGCCCCAGUGACUCCCGACGGGUUUGGAGUGGGUUACUCUAUAGAAGACAGCAGAAUAGGAUUCAACGUGACCAGCUACCCUCCUGCGAGGAACGCGCCAGGAUUCAUCGAGUGUGUCACAAAGUCGUUAGAUGACAUGUAUGAAGUUCUAGAAGGGCGAAAUCCCAGGAAACCAUAGUGAUCAAAUCAGGGACAUAGAUAGUCACUCGUUAUCGUCAUACAUGAAUUAAUUUACCUUACUUUAUUUAUGUGAUUGUUUUAAUGUGAUAUAUAUUGAAGUGAUUGUUCUCUUCUUUGUCUGCAAAUUAUUUACUGUCAGACUUAAUUGAAUUUUUUCUCAGAUUUCCUUUAAAAGAACUGGAAAAAAUGAUCUUAAGUCUCUAAUUGCUUUGGUUUGACUUUAUACGAGAUUUGAAGAUGGGUCCAUUCUGACCAAAACAUGUGAUUCAUAAAAAUGUUGAACAAUGAGUAAAUGAAUAAAUGUAUUUACAUGUAGCAAAUGAAAGACUUUACAUGUAUUCCAAUGUUAUAUUGUGGUAAUAUGAUCAAGUUCUAUAUAUAUAUUCAUCUAAACAGAAUUGUGCAUGAGUAUUAUGGAAUUCAAGAUGUAUUUUACACAGUUUAAAAGUAAUACUGUUAUUCUUUGAUGAGAUGCAAUGUUUAGCAUAUAAAAUGUGCACAACAGAAAUUGUGAAUUUACAGUCAAGAGAAAAUGUUCAGUUGUGAUUUUUUUUCCCCAACUUGAAAUAUUUUGUCUGAGAAUAAAAAUGUGAUAAUUAGUAAAGAAAAACAAAUGUGUGCAUGUACAUACUUCAUAAGUGCCCAUUAAACAUCAAAGACUGUUGCAUUUACUAUGCCUGUGCAAUUGUAACAAGAUUGCCUUCAUUACCCUUCAAUCUGUGAUUAAAAAGGCCCUUAUAUAGAUUCCAAUACUGUGAUUUAUGUGAUUAAACAUAUUUUCUUUUUACAACA